AUGGUCGCGUCCGGGGGCUCCGCGGCGGCACCUCCUCCGCCCGCGUCCCCGCCCGCGGCGGACAGGGUCAGCGGCGCUGGGGCCGGGGCCGGCCGGCCGGGGACGGCCCGCGAGCUGCGGCGGCGGCGGCGGCGGCGCCGGCGAGAGGCCCGGGGCGGCGGUGGGGUGGUGGUGGGGUGGGGGCGCCGCUGGAUCGGGAGCGCGCGGCCGGCCCGAGCGACCCCGCCAGCGCCCGCGGCUGCGCUGCGCUGCGCUCCGGCUCGGCGCGCCGGGGAAUGCUGCUCCGGGAGAGGCGAGCGGGACUCACAUCCUCGGCGCGCUCGGGCGCGGGGCUGCGGCCGGGCCGGGCGGGGCCGAGAGCCGGAGGCGGGGGGGAGGCUGUGCCGGCGAGCCCCGAGGGCGCGGGGCCGAGGAGGGCGCACCCCGGGGAGCCGGGCGGGCCGGUCCUGCGGCGGCGGCGGCGCCGGAGAGGGGGAUCGCGAGGGAGAAAAAGGGAAGGAGGAGAGAAAGAGGGAGCAGGAGGCGGCUGGGACCCGGAGUCAGCCCGCGAGCGAGAUAUGCCGGCCGCGGCGCGGAGGCGAGGCCGGGGGGGAGCGCGGGGAGGAGCGGACCCGGGCCGCGGGGAGCGAUCCCUGGAAGCCGGGCGACGUCACGGGGCCGCGGCUAGCUUCCUGCCCCCGCCCCCGGCACCCGCGUCCUGCCCGCGCCGAGGGGGCCCCCGGGGCUCUGAGGUCCAAGAAGUUGAGUGAGGAGCCCAAAGCAGUACACACGGACCUGGAGAGGCGGCGGGUCUGA